GGGGGGUGUGCGCCCUGUCUCCUCCAGCUGUCAGUCAUGACGCCACUUCCUGCGGGUGGUAGGUCCAUGGAGCUGCUUUGUAUGGACAUGGUGGGGGAUUUUUGACAGCGGCAGCGCUGCUGGGAAACAAACAAGGGGUCGGGGACUAUUUUUUCCCUCCUCGAUCCUCUCUCGAUCUCGCGCAGAAUACUUCUCAACCCAGCGAGAUUUCUGAGGAUAUGUCGGCUUGGAAGUGGGCUGUCUUUUGAAAGUCUGAUGAGUGAGAGUGCCGGCAGCCUGCUCCUCCACCGCGAUGGUCGACAUGGAGAGCCACUACCAUCCCCCUUCCCCCCUGGAGGACUCGGUGCUGGGCAGCCCUCUCUGCGCCGAUGACGACUUCCUGGGCGGCAUGGAGGAGCUCCAGGACAUCUCCCAGUCCAUGGACAACGACCCCCUCAGCUCCUUUGAUGUCCCCGAAUACCAGUCCUCCAGCAAUGGCUCUGAAGGUUCCACUGUUCUAGAUGCCCUGACGCCAGCAUCCAGCCCGUCGUCCAUUGUUUACGGGGUGGCAGCGGGCCAGGAAGAGUUCUCAUCGUCCUCCUCAUCGCUCAAUCUGGAGUGUCGGGUCUGUGCUGACCGAGCCUCGGGCUAUCACUACGGAGUCCACGCCUGCGAGGGCUGCAAGGGUUUUUUUCGGCGGACCAUCCGUCUGAAGCUGGAGUAUGACAAGUGUGAGCGCCGCUGCAAAAUCCAAAAGAAGAACCGCAACAAGUGCCAAUACUGCCGCUUCCAGAAGUGCCUGUCGGUGGGCAUGUCCCACAACGCCAUCCGUUUCGGUCGGAUGCCGCAGUCAGAGAAGCUCAAGCUGAAGGCGGAGAUGGUGACGGGGGACCGGGAGGUGCAGGACCCUCAGGUAGCCGACCAGAAGACCCUGGCCCGGCAGAUCUACGAGGCCUACCUCAAGAACUUCAACAUGAACAAGGCCAAGGCUCGAACAAUUCUCACGGGCAAGACCAGCACCCCUCCUUUUGUCAUCCAUGACAUGGAGACCCUGCAGUUGGCAGAGCAGACGCUGGUGGCAAAGAUGGUGGGCUCAGCUGGACCCCUGAAGGACAGGGAGGCAGAAGUUCGGAUUUUCCACUGCUGCCAGUGCACCUCGGUGGAAACCGUCACCGAGCUCACAGAGUUUGCAAAGUCCGUCCCCGGGUUCUCGAGCCUGGACCUCAACGAUCAGGUGACUCUUUUGAAAUAUGGAGUGUACGAGGCCCUCUUCGCCAUGCUCGCCUCCAGCAUGAACAAGGAUGGGCUCCUGGUGGCGUACGGCUCAGGCUUCAUCACCCGGGAAUUCCUCAAGAGCUUGCGGCGGCCCUUCAGUGACAUGAUGGAGCCAAAGUUCCAGUUUGCAAUGAAGUUUAACGCCAUGGAGCUGGACGACAGCGACCUGGCUCUGUUUGUGGCUGUCAUCAUCUGCUGUGGAGACCGCCCAGGCCUGGUGAACGUGAAGCACAUCGAGCGGAUGCAGGAGAGCAUUGUGCAGGUGCUUCAGCUCCAUCUGCUGGCCAAUCACCCCGACGACUCUUUCCUCUUCCCCAAGAUGCUGCAGAAACUGGCCGACCUCCGGCAGCUGGUCACUGAGCACGCUCAGCUGGUACAAGAGAUUAAAAAGACAGAGGACACGUCCCUGCACCCGCUCCUGCAGGAGAUCUACAGAGACAUGUACUGAGGGGUUGUGGAGGAAGAAUAACCAGGAGAGGCACUCUACAAAUCAUCUCCUUUUUUUCAGGGACAGAAGAAGAAGAGUCCUCCGUAAACUAGGUUGAACCACUUAAACCCCCAUAAUGCAGCAGGAGUAACCUUUGGAUUCAAGACGCUGAUGAUUCUCUUUGUUUGACAAAGUGCUCCUCGCUCCAUUGUGUGGCGCUUCAUUAGCAGAGAAGAUGUGAUGUGCAGCUGAUUGAGCCCCUAUCUAGAAACCAGUGUAUGCCAUCUCUGACCAAACCCUCAAUGCUGAUUUGAAGCAUUUGAGGUGAUCUCCUUGGUUAUCCCAAUCCUAAACCCUUAACAAAGCCCUAAAAUGAGGAAAGAAAGUGAACUUGAUAGUCACCACUCCAGCAGUAUGCUUGAAAUCAGAUUUGUAUACUGAUGUCAAAGAGCCAUAUACCUUCACAGCUAACAACACCCAAAUGACCUUAUUGGGCAGCAACACUAAGGCAGUAUCAACACAUUGUUCAAGCAAGGCAGCUUCUGCCAAAUCGGAUGUCAAUAAAGGUUGGUGAUGGUUAUCCAUGCACCUGCCCCCCACCAUUACUCUUCACCUGUUUUAUACCCAGAGACACAAAUGUGCUGCUCCUGAAAAUAAGCAUUUAUUUGUACUGUAAGCCAUACUGUGUUUGUAAUGAUACUGGAAAUGUUUUGGAAAUGCAUAUUAUUUUCACUUCCUCACAAGACAUCGUCAGGACUUGGUUUGGAUCUUCAUCACAUAUUACUCAAGAUCCAGGCAACUUCAGAUUAAGAUAGCAAUUUCUUUUUAAGAAAUGUUGAAGUUUCUUCGAUAAUUCAACAUGAUCAUACCAGACCUCUGAUAAAUGCCUUUCUUACAAAACACAUGCACAGACAUUUGGCAUUGUUUUGUCUCCUGGUAUUCAAGGGCUAACACCACGAUAAACGGGGUUACAAUCUUAGAACUGGCCAAAAAAACGACCUAAAAACAGAUUUGAUAGAAAUGUAUUCAUCUGAUUUUUUAUUUCUGAAGCAGUAAAGCACCGUCCCUCAUUAAUAAUGGUAUUAUUUUGUUUCUCUUCUUCUCAUUGUAGUCUUUCUGCCUUUCACUGGCUGUGUUUGGUCCUCAUAACAUAUGCAGUUGGUUAGGAUUCAGGGGUCUUACGUGCACAUUUUCUAUAUUAUUGCAAAGGAAAAGCACUAUACCUUUUUCAUUUAAAGGUUUUGUUUAGCUCAUGCAGUUUCUCUGGCAAACUGUAGGCAAGACAAACACAGGCAUGUUGCCGUCUGCACUUAUUCAAUUAUGUAAGUAAGAUAAAUGGCUUAAAGAUUAGACUUUCUUUUAGCAACACACGUGAUUGGUGAAGGAUGAAGACCAAAUACAUUUCCAGAAGAUGUUUUUUCUCUAUCUAUGGCGAUAACGGUGCAUGUGAAGAGGCCAAUCCUGUAUGUUGUUGAAAUACUGCCUUCGCUACAUGCUACAUAAAGACCUACAGUAAUAUAUAAAUGUAAAUCUGAAUUUCCUUAUCCAAACAAAAUCUACUAAAAUCAUGAAAUUAUGGAAAUUCAAUCACCAGAAAUGGACCUUGUGCUUAUAAUGACAUCACAUUGUAUAAACAGAGUGUAUUGUAUAUAGCCGAAAUGAUCUGCUCUCCCUGACUCAUGAGUUAUACAAGGUACUAUUAAUGAUGAUCAACUUUUGUAUUCCUCCGUUUGGUAAAUACUUUUAAAUGUUUGAAAUUUGACAGUUAAUGUAGUUAUGUACUGUAUGUUUUUUUUGCUUAAAUGCCACAUACUUGUGUUUUAAUUGAAUUGGAUCAUAUUUUUAUACUAAAGUAUAUAUGUAUGACUAAAUCAGAUAAUUAUGUAUUUGAAAUGGCACGAUUGACGAGUGCAUUGUAGAUAGACUUAAAGGUAACAGGGCAACUGGUCAUCUGAGUAUACAUAGAUCUGAAUCCCGUUGGGGACAUUCCUUUUGUUAAUUGCUAUUUUUAGAUAGAAAACCAUCAAAGCUGCAGUAUUGCUUCAGUUCAUUUCAACUGUAUUUCAUUUAUUUGUUGAAUUAAGCUCUUAUGAUUUGAAGUGAAAGCAUACGUGGGCUGUGCAGGGCUGUAAUAGCUCACAGCAGUGGAUUAAAACUUGACCUCCAUGACCUUUUAUCAUUUGAAAAAUCAAACCACAGCCCAGCACUGAUCAGACAUUAUUGGUCUCCUCUUUUUAUACUGUGUUCUCAGGUUGCAAACUCUCAUAUGUAAUAUAUAUUCACAGAAUGUUAUCAUCAGACAUCCUCCAUAGUUGCCUCCUGUUGUUGAACAAACCAUCUAUUUGUUUGAACACAUCACAUCUCUGUGGAUUAUAUAGAGAAUGCAGUCAUAGUUUGCAACACAUUACAUGCUUUUACAGUAAAGAAGAUGCAGUAUGUUUAAUAAUCCUGUUUUUGUCACACUUUUUGUCUGACUUUCCUCUCCUCCCUCGCUGCUAUAUUCUACUAACUCACCAAACAUUUCUUAUGCCAUGAGUAGAUUACUGACUUUUAAGCUGCCUCUACUUGCUUCGUAUACCUUCUCACAGAAUGUCAGUCCCAUAUGCAGAAUUUAUUCAAUGCAGCUCGGUUUUUUUCCCUUGCAAAAUUUUCGGGAAUUGUAGUUCCCAGUAACGCAUUGGGAUAAACCACAAACACUCUGUGCCUUAGCGUGUGCCUAUGCCAUAAAACACUAGAGAUUCAGAUAACACACACACUUUUACAGUGUUUAUGUCAUCAGCUACAUGUAGAAUGAAUGUUUGAAACACAAUAGAGCCACGCAGACAGGAAAUUGUCACAGAAGAUUAAGGAAAAUAUCCUACACAGAGACAGAAGUGCUAUUGAAGCUUCAUUUUACAGUACAAAAAAAGGAGAAAAACUAAAAGCAAAAUGGUUGAAACGCUAGAGCCCUAGAGGAAAAGUCGUGUAAAUAUUGAUGUCUGCUUUCCCUUAGGAAUGUUUAUUUUGUGUUGAAUUGACAAGGGACUUUUUUGCUUGUAUCAGGGAAACAUAGUCUUCCUUUGUUGAACUAGCUCAGGACAUAGAAAGAAACUGUUCUUCCUUCUCUAUCUUUCUGAAAGGAGAUCAUAGUGCUCCGCCUUACAGCACACAAACAAAAAGCCCCAACAAAUAUUGAUUGAUAAUGAAAUGACCGUUAAUUUUACUUUCAAAACCUGACAGAACAAUUUAGCAGUCAUAGGAAUUAGGUAUUUGAUUUUUUUUCCUUCCUGGAUUUAAUGGAGUUUGUUUUUGUGGCUAUAGUGUCAUGCAAAGAGACAACAGAGAGUGUCUUUGGAUGUGUUGUUAAUGUGUAAUGUGGCUUGGUAAAAAUGCUGUAAAUGUUUGAUGAAUGUAUAUCUAGUCAUUUAAAUAAUGGAACAAGUUGACAUUGAAUGGAUUUUAAAAUAAAAUGAUUUUUAAAU